AUGACUGAUAUAAAUAAUUAUAAUAGUCGUUCACCUUUAUCAAUUUCAUCUUCUUCUUCCUCUUCUUCAUCAUCAAAUAAACGAAUUAAAAUAAAAAUUAAACUUAAAUCAUUAAAAACUUCUACAACAAACCGUCGAUCUCAACGUCGUCGAACGAAUCCUCAACCACCAAUGCGAACGAGUUCAUUAAUAACUACAAUUUUUCAUGAAAACGGUCAUACAGAAGAAUCUCUAUCAUCUGAUACAACAAAUGAUCAACAAAUAGAAAAAUAUUCUCCAUCCACAUCAUCGAACAAUCUUCUAUUUACUACAACAUCAAAAACAACUUCCAAAGCAUCAUAUUGGACAGUUACUGAUCGUCAAAGUGAAUGGUAUAAACUAUCUAUGCCUGUCAAUCUAUCAUCAUUAAAUACUACACAUGAAAAUGUACCUUAUAAAAAAUUAUCAAAAAUAUUCGAAAGAAAAAUAGUCAAAUCAAAUAAUAACGAACAAAUUGAUCAACCAACUGAUACGACUCAAUUAAUUAUGAAAGCAGUUAUGCAUGAACUUGAUUAUGAUAUAGAUGAUGAUGAUAUAGAAUUUCUUCAUGAACUUAAUCAAUAUAAUAAAACGAAACAAAAACGACAAAUAAAUGAAGAAGAAUUCGAAAAUGCUAUAAUUAUUUUAGAAUUUUCUAUCGCAGAAAAAAUUCGUUCACAACUUAAACAAAAAUCAUGUGAAGAUGAUGAUGUUGUAUGUGAUAUAUGUUUAUUACCUGAUGCUGAUGAUGAAAAUGAAAUGGUAUUUUGUGAAAGAUGUAAUUGUUGUGUACAUCAAAAUUGUUAUGGAAUAUCCGAUGUACCAAGUGGAACAUGGCUUUGUAGACCUUGUUCAAUUUUACGACGACCAACUUGUAUUCUUUGUCCGAAACUUGGCGGUCCAAUGAAAUGUACAACAAGUGGAACUAUUUGGUGUCAUUUAACAUGUGCUCUUUGGUUACCUGAACUUAAAUUUGUUGAUUACACUAAAAUGGAACCAGUGAUAUAUUUGGAUAAAAUCUCACAUGCUCGUUGGUCUCUUCGUUGUGUUGUUUGUUCAACAAUGGAAGGUGCUUGUGUACAAUGUGCACAUAAGAAUUGUCGGACACCAUUUCAUGUUACUUGUGGCCUUGCUGCUGGCUAUUUCCUUGAUGUUCAACAAACAUCUUCAAAAGAAUCUUCGACAUCACGUUCUCAAUUUAAUGCUUAUUGUUUUAAACAUUCCGAAGAAGCUAGAAAACGUUCCGAACAAGAACCAUGUACAAUCCUAUCGAAUGAAGAUGAUUCUUCAUGUUCAUCUUCCGUACCUUCAAUAAUUCCAUUAACUGUUUAUCGUCGUGAUCAAUUAAAAACUGAACGAUGGAUACAUGACUAUUAUAAAAAUUUUGCUUCCUUUAUAUCUCCAUUACAUCUACAUGAAGAAUGUCCACAAGAUUAUGAUGAAAAUAUUUCAAAAAAAAUUUAUAAUUAUUGGAUUCAUAAACGACAAUCGAAUAAAACACUGCCAUUAAUCAAACGUAUUGAUUUCGUUCUUGAACAACGUGAAAAUGCUGAAUUAUUAAUAACACAAAUUAAUACUUGUCUUAAAGUUAGACAAAAAUUACUUCAGCUUCAAACACGAUGCAAAUCAAUAUUAGAUUCAUCAAGUACAACAGCAACUCUUACUCAACGUUUAGAUUCGUUAAAAAAAACCUUUUCUUCUUCGUUUCCCACUCAUCGUCGUCCUCGUCGUCUUCAUUCAUCAUCAACAUCACUCACAUUACAUGGUAAAAAUGACCAUGAAAAUGAAAAUCAAUUAAAAACAUUGAAACGACAUCGUCAAAAACUAUUUUAUUCAACUAAACAAUAUCAAACAAUUGAAAAAGCUAAACGAUGUCGAGUUUCAUUGGAAUCUACAUAUCGUGAUAAUUUACAAUUAAAUACAACAUAUCUUAUUCGAACAAUAAACGAUGGACAAAUGAUUUUAUUACCAAAAAAACUACUUGAACAAGCAAAUAUUAUUCCAAUAAUAGAUAAUGAUAUACUUCAACAACAACAAACAAAUAUUUUACAUUCUACAGAUUAUUCUGAUUUAUCUGACGAUGAAGAUAAGGAACCAUUAAGAGAAAAAGGAAUAUUUAAAUCAACAAAAACAGCAUAUACUUCUCAUGGAAAUGUGGUCACAUCCUUGACAAAUACACAAACAGUGUCAACAGAAACGAAAUUUACAAGGAUAAAACCAAAUAUAUAUGAUCCGAUUCUUUCAGCAAAUAGUUAUGUAGGUCAUCUGAGCGAAAAUGAACGUACUGUUCAAAUCGAACCACGUUUAUAUGCAACCGAUGCUGAUCCAUCGAAUUCAAUCAAUGGUAAAAUAUGCGGUUACGAGUUAUCAUUACAUAAACAUGAUGAUAUUCUUGAUGAAAUAACUCAAAACAUUCCAUUUACUGUUGAAAUUCUUAAUAAUCAACCUGUUAUAAAACUUAAAUCAAAUAUUCAAACACUCGAUUGUGAAAUAAAACAAACGCAUCGUUUAUUUAUUCGUGCAUUUGAUUGUGCAUCAGCAGACAAACGUCGUUACUCAGAAAGAUCAUCGUUAAUAGUUACUGUUGAUGAUGUGAAUGAAUAUGCACCAGUAUUUACUCAUGACAACUAUCUAUUCAAAUUACAUCAAGGUGAAACUUGUGAAUCAACAUCAUGUCGUGUUGAAGCAACUGAUGAUGAUUGUGCUAAUACUGAUCAUCGUGUAUGCGGUUAUGAAAUUACAACACCUAAUGUUCCAUUUUCAAUUGAUUCACAAGGUUCAAUAUCAAUAACAAAAACUUUAACUAAUGAUCAAUAUGUAUUUAAUGUUAUUGCGAUUGAUUGCUUUCCAUCGAGUGAUAAUUCAAGAAAAGUUAGUGAAUCAGCUCAAGUUACUUUUAAAAUUAUUAAAGCAUGCAAACCAUCAGUUAACGACAACGCAAAAUCCGAAUUAAUUAUUCAAUCGGAUCGUCUUCAUCUAUUCGAUGGUGUAAAUGUUAAUACAUGUGAUGAAACAUGUAUUGUAGAAGAUAUUGUUGGUACAGUUGAACUUCAUUCAAAAGGAUUAGAUAGUGGUUGUAACCUUGAACAAUGUUCAACAACAAAUCGUGAGUAUGUAUUAUUAGAAAAAGAUGGUAAUUCAAACGAAAUACCUCAAUCAAAAAUAAUGACCUUUAAUGGUUACAAUCAAGCAUUAAUCGUUAAUCAAUCGCAAUUUUCUGGUCAUUUGAAUAACGAAUUUACAAUUCAUACGUGGAUGAAACAUACUAAUGAUGGAAAUAAUAAUCACAAUAACGAAAAAGAACAUGUUUUCUGUAAAAGUGAUGAAAAAUUAAAAAAUCGUCAUCAUACUGCUUUAUUUAUUCAAAAUAAUUAUUUAAAACUAUUAUUACGUAAAGGACCAUUAUCAUCCAAUGGUCAAGCAAAAUAUCCAUCGGAAUGGAUGUGGAAAAUAUCAGAAAUAAAUGAUAAUCAAUGGCAUUCAUAUAAAUUUAUUGUUAAUUAUCCAACUAAAGUUGAUUUAUAUGUUGAUGAACGUUUAGUUGUUCCAACAAGUGAGAAUUUUCGAGUUAUCGAAGAUUCUCCAUUAACAGUUAUUCCGGGAACUGAAGAGACAAUUUUUGCAUUGGGUGGUUGUUGGCAUGCACGUGCAUCUCGUUUGGUUCAACAUUUUCGUGGUCAAGUAUCUGGACUUACCAUUGAACAGAAAGAAGAUUUACAACGAUCUUCAAAUUGUAUUCGAGAUUGCCAUCAAUAUAUUGAUAUUCCUGAUGUUAAAUCGGAAGCAGGUGUUGAAUUUGCUAGUAAUUCAAAUCGAUCAAUGUGGAUAUUACGUACAGAUGCAAGAGAAUCUUAUGAAAAAUUAUUAAAACAUAUUGUUUAUCGUAAUACAUUUCAACCACUUGGUCCCAAUGGUCAACGAACAGUAUCAAUUAAUACACGAAUAAAAUGUUUAGGUGAAGUUAAUACAUAUGAUUUACCAGCACUUACACGAUAUAUAUCAAUUGUACCACCAAAAAUUCCAGUUAAAAUUGAACUUAAAGCUGAUACAAGUUAUUUAGUACCAGAAUUAGCUAUGGAACAAGGUAUUUAUCUAUUCCGAAAUUUAUCAGUUUAUACAAAUGCAAUUAAGAAAAGUCGAGGUGAUAUUAGUGAUUGUACUUUAAGAGCAACACCACCUUUAUCAAAUAGUGAACAAUUAAUUAUACCUGAUGAUAUUAAACUUGAAAGUCAAAUUACAAAAGAGGGUGCUGUGAUUACAGGAGUUGAAUCAAUUGAUUCUUAUCAAUACUUUCUUCGACAAAUUGCUUAUAUAUCAAAAUCACCAGUUACAUAUGUUGAUCGAUCAUUUUUACUUUCAUGUGCUGGUGCCUAUGAUCGAGUAUUGACAAAUGAAAUUCGUGUUCGAAUUCAUAUUGAAAAACAAAUGGCUGCACGAGCACCAGUUGCUGCUGUGUUAUCGGAUAAAUUUGUAGUAAACAAUGAUGACAUCAAAGAUAAUUUAUUUGAUGUUGAAGGAGAAUCGUCUGUAACCAGACGAAAUGUAUCAGAUUGGCCGAUUGCUGUAGUUAUUUGUGUUUCUAUUGGACUUGUUGGUGUACUUGUACUUUAUCUUGUUGUUCGUAUGCGUUCAACUAAUCGACAAAAUAAUCCAUUGACAAAUACAACCGAUGAUAUACAUUCACAAAUGGAAUGGGAAGAUGAUAUCGGUCUUAAUAUUAUUGUUAAUCCAUAUGAUGAAGCAAAAAAAACAAUUGAAUCAGUUAAUAUUCAUAAUGUUGAACAACCAACGAAUGGACAUCCAGGUGCAAGUUCGGACGAUGAAGGUGAUGAAUUUGAAAAUAAUCGUAAUGGUAAUUUAUCGGGAGAUGAUGAUGACUUUAAAAUUGAUUCGAAAAAUCCAAGAACACUCGAUCAUCAAUAUGAAUGGGACGAUGCAGCUAUUGAAUAUGGACCAAAAAAAGUUUGA